CUGAGAAGGCGGCCAGGCAGGGCGCCCAAAGGGACUUCCAGCUUGCGGUAUUCUGCUUGUUUGCGGGCGAGAGAAAGACGCGACAAGAUGGGAGAGAGCGCGAAGGAUCGCCGCCAGGACCCCGCCGGUGUCCUUUCCAGGAGAGGCGCCAUCACGGCCAACUACGAGGAUUUCCUGACCCAGUAUUUGACCUGCGCCAGCGCCAACCCCUACCACCCGGUCACCAAUCCCGAGGGCAUCAUCAACCUGGGCACGGCCGUGAACCGCCUGAUGGAGGAGGAGCUGUCUGAGCGCCUGCGAAGAGGAGACGCGCUCUCCUAUUCGCCGUCGUACCAGCACUACUACGACUUCGAUGGGACGCGGGAGCUGAAGGGAGCGCUCAUAGGAUUCCUCGGGAGGCACUUCCUCCCCGCCAAGGACAUCGGCGAGGACGAGAUUGUCGUGCUGAACGGAGUGACGUCAUGCCUCGACGCCUUAAGCCACGCCCUUUGUGACCCUGGUGACGUCAUAAUCACACCCACUCCCGUGUACGCCCGCAUGUUCACGGACGUCCACGAUCGGGCGGGGGCGGCGGUGUUGCCCCUCGUGCUGCGUCAGGAGGCCGAUUCCUCCGAUGAGAGCUUCGUACUUCGUGCGGAGGAUCUGGAAGCGCGGGUCGAGGCCCUGCAUCAGGAGGGGCGUCGCGUGAGGGCCUUCAUGCUGGUGCAUCCCAACAACCCUCUCGGCGACGUGUACUCGCCCCAGCUCCUCUCCGACCUUAUGGACGUCUGCGCAAGACACGAGAUCCACUUCAUCAGCGACGAAAUCUACGCCCUUUCCAUUUUCACUGACGAAGACGAGCCGUCCUCUCGCCCGCCCUUCCGCAGUGUCCUCAGCCUUCCUCACCCGGAUCCAGAUCGCACUCACGUCUUGUGGGGACUGAGUAAGGAUUUCGGGCUCGCUGGCCUCCGUGUGGGCGUGGUGGUCAGUCGCUGCGCCGAGCUCAUGACCUGCCUGCGCGCCAUCGCCAUCUACAAGUGCACGCCCCAACUCGUGCACCAUGCGGCGGCGGCGCUGCUCUCCGACACAGCUUCCAUCCCCAUUCCCUCCCUCCGGCCUUCCUCUCUCCUCAGCCUGGUGCGACGACUCUACCUCCGACUGAACAGCGAGAGACUCGGCCGUACUUACAGGCACGCCCGUGGGCGCCUGGAGGCGAUGGGCGCCCGUGUGAGGGAGGCACGGGCGGCCCUCUUUGUCUGGUUUUCCAUCCGGGACUUCAUGGAGACCGACAGCGCCGAGGAGGAAAUGGAGAUCCACGCCCAGCUGAUGCGCGCGGGCGUGUACGUGGUGCCCGGGAGCAAGCUGUACGGCUCCGACCCGGGUUGGAUCCGCCUCAUCUUCAGCGUGAGGGAAGAGGAGCUCGACGAAGGUCUUAGGAGAAUUGAGUCUGUCCUCAAGAGCAGGAGAAAGGAGACAGCAUGAUUGGAAGAACACACACCUGAAGUCUUACUUUGGCGUCUGGCUGUUACUAUACUUUCACUGUUACGUAGCUAUCUG